AUGCAUAUGGAGAAGAACGUUUUUGACAACAUAGUCAACACUCUUCUCGGUGUUGACAACAAGACCAAGGAUAACCUUCAAUCUCGCCAUGAUCUUAAAGAGAUGAAUAUAAGAGAACAUCUCCAGGUUGAUGAAUCACAAGCUAAACCAAACAUUCCUGAAGCAUUGUACAACAUGAGUCCAAAGCGAAGGAAGUUAUUCUGCAAAGUCAUUAAAGAUGCUAGGUUUCCUGAUGGUUAUGCUUCAAAUAUGUACAGCAAGGUUAGCUCAGAGGAUAAGAAACUUGUUGGGUUAAAAACCCAUGACAGCCACAUCAUAAUGCAUGAUCUGUUACCCUUGGCCAUAAGUAGGACCUUGCCCGAAAGUGUUGCUGUUCCAUUGCUGCGACUUUGCAACUAUUUCAAGCAAGUAUGUGCAAAGGUUAUCAAUGUUAGUGAAAUCCAAAAGCUAGAAGCUGAGAUUCCUGAAAUAUUGUGCCAGCUAGAAAAGGUAUUUCCUCCAAGCUUCUUCGAUAUUAUGGAGCAUCUCACCAUUCAUCUUGCAACGGAGGUGAGACUUGCUGGACCAGUACAAUACAGGGACAUGUGGUCAAUUGAGAGGUAUAUAGGAAAAUUGAAGAGCAUGAUCCGUACAAAAAGCCACCCCGAGGGAUCAAUAGCAGAAGGAUACAUGUUUGACAAAAGUUUGCAGGGCUGUUAUACCAAAUUGAAUCAACCUCCUCGUCACAAUGAUUGCAUUACUUCUAGUGCCCACCCUAAUGAAUGUCAAUACUUGAUAAGAAUUGGCCGCCCUUUAUCUGCUUGUGCUACUAGUGAACUAGAUUUCAUCUCCUGGACGCAAGCUCAAAGAUAUGUGCUUUUCAACUAUCCCCAAAUUACUAGCUAUGCCCAAAAGCACAUCAAAAUCCUAUCUGCUCGUAAAGGCAAAAGAAAACGUGAUGUUGAUUGUGCCCACCAUAGUAAUUUCCACACUUGGUUUGUCGAUCAUGUGCAAUCUCUAAGUGCUAAAGGUAUUGGAGUACCAGAAGAAGUAAAUCUUUUAGCUCAAAAGCCAUAUAUGAUGGUCAAGAAGUACAAUAGUUAUUGUAUAAAUGGUUGCAAUUUCCAUACAAGGGACUAUGGUGAGGGCAAAACUACACAAUGUGAUGCAGUUUCUCUCUCCGCAAAGACACCAUGUUACUCUAGUGCAAAAGAUAAGAAUCCAGCCAUAGGAAAUGUUGACUAUUAUGGUAGAAUCACGGAAAUAAUUGAAUUGAAUUAUUCAAAUGUAGGACAUGUGGUCUUGUUCAAAUGUGAUUAUUUAAGAGUUUGA